ACCUGACCUACUGGAUGGAGGCAAUGAAUACUAGCCUGUACCAGGCAACGGAUGACAAAUGGAAACUGGCUCUGAACGUUACGCUGAUGGAGCUGCAGGGCAAGCUUGUGCCAUGGCUGAACCGAGCUAUCACCGAAGUAUCCAGCGUACAGUCCUGGCUUACGGUACUCCUCACAGCCGUUGCCACCAUGCAGGCGGAGAGUUUGAAAGUCAACCAGGCAAUUGAACAAGCUGAGAGCGAAGUGGUGCGUGUCUCAGGACUGACCUUCCACCACGCCUUCCCCAACCGUUUGAAGCGCUGUGAUGCAGUAUGCCAAUGCUCACAGUAUCCGUUCACAGCUGCGGGUACUCUGGCGUCCGGGUUGCCCCUGGCAGCCACUGCAGGCACAGCGGUGGUGGCACCAUUGACAGGUAUUGUGAGGCCAGGUGCGACAAACAGCAGUCUUGUACUUCAACCAACGGGUCUGACGGCCUCCUUCAUGACUUUGGGCCUGCACAACAUUCUGCCACUUCCUGAACUAGCCAGCAAGAGCAUGCUGGUGCGGGCUGGUACACGGAUUGGAACUGUUCUCGCACAAUAUCAGUGUGAAAGUGGAUCCAGCGAUUUUCUACACGUGACUGCCUCUGCAGUGAGUGGUAGCGUUGACCCUAAUCCAUUCAUUUCAGACUCAUCGCAGGGUGUAACAUUUAAGGAGGACUGGACAAAUAGUGGUACCUAUUCCAUAUUUAUUCGCAACAAGAUUCGCCAGCAUACCUCUCUGACGGAAAGUGUCAAGUUCAACUCGGUGAAAGCCGUGCGCACUGGUGCAACAAUCUCAGUACCAUCGCUGGCGACUGGAUCCUCUACGCCACCCAUUCUGACAGUUUCACAGUCUUCGCUGAGCUCUGGCCUACCGGACUACCACUUCCCACAGAUCAUCAGCAAUGUGUCCACACUUGGCCAUACUCUAUGGCCGGCAAUGAGUACUGAUUUGGCUGAUGUGAUAUCUAGUCCGCGACCUCCUCCAACACUACCCUCGACUGUUACCCAGGCCAGUUCAACCACAGUGGGGAAGCUACAGCAGCGACUCCAGCAGGCUUCUCUUAGCAGCUCAGCCAGCACAUUAACCAGUGCUGUUGAUGCUCUGGCCGUUCAGCGAAGUCAGCUGACCUGCCAGUAUCUACCAACAGCUUCAAUGAGCCAUCUUCGCCAGACUCUGCAACUCCUGGGAUUGUCAUCGUCUGGAACACGACAAGAUCUUGUAGCUCGUCUGCAGGGCGCAAGCAAUACUGAAUGUACAGCUCUACAAUCUGCCAUACCGUCCGGAGCUAAGUCUGUGUAUCAGUUCAAUGGUGAUUGCAGCAGUGGAACGGCGUGUGUGGACAUUGAGUCGGGUUUUGAAUCACUGAUACUGCCAUUGAAAUUCCAGCACAGCCAGACAUCAGCCACCGUCAGUAGUGUAGUGGUAUCACUGGGUGAUUGGACCGAGACCAUCACCUUCAACUCCGCCACCGGAUACGACAAUCGGUUCUUUACCCAGCUUCUGAUUAACGACAAGGAGGUACAUGUGGGCGUUACAGUGCUAGCUCCAGUAGCACGGCUAUCGCUGCGGAUUGACCUAUGUAAUCUUGGCGGUCUGCCAUGCCAGACAUACCGCAGCAUACUGGCCACAGCACAAGUACCCGCCUCUAGCACACCAGUGGCUGUCAACUCCAGUGCACUGCUACUGUGGUCUGUAGCUAGGCUGCAAUCAGAACUUGAUUUCUAUCAGCUGUCAAGCACUUCUCUCAAUGACAUAUUCACUGACUUCCAGCAAGCCGUCAUUGGCAAGGCCUCGAUUGGACGGUCUAGUCUCCUUCCAGCGAUCACGGAUGAGUUUGUUAUUCCCAAGAGGAUAUCCGUGUCAGCAUCGGGCACUUUCACUUCGGGUCUAGUGAAUUUCUUCGAGGAGAGGGUCUCGCUGAGAGUUGGUGCAUUGCCACUGACGUUUGUGUUUGGUGCAUCUGGUCAUAUUAACAUCAGUAUAGGCUGGUCCUUGGAUGCCUCUAACUACAAGGCAAUCCUUGAUAUCACUCCCACAGUCGUCAUGUCAACGUAUGGCAGAGUGCGGGCUGGCUCAUCGCAGUUUGCCGAGGCGUCGCUAACAGGACAACUGGUAAACGUGCAGUACAAGACGCAAACUGAGAGCAACUUUGGACCACUGCCAUUAACAUCAAAAAUCUCAAUAAAUGAAACGCUCUUGGGUAGUCGGGUUGUCCUGGCUACUCGGCUGGUGGAGAACUUGGUGAAUGGCGGCGAGAAGGACUUAUCCAGGAAUGAGCUGUGGGAUUAUGUCACCGCACCACAGAGUGAUUCGCUGCAGCGUGAGCACAGUCGCAUCGACUCCACCCCGCCAGUGUUCUAUAACGUAGCCGGACCGCCAGUGCCACUAUCAUCAUGCUCUGUGGAGCAGCUACCGUAUCGCUCCAUCCGUCACCCAGCAGUGAGGCUAUCAACGUCCGUGAAGGAUGAAGACAGUGUAGUUAAUGAUGCACAGUACUUUGUCGGCACAGCACAGGGUCUGAGCGAUGUGUUGCCACGUCAACCGCUCAAGUCCCCGACUGUGGUCAUCCCCAGAGUCUUGUCUGGUGGCACGACACUGUAUUUAGUGAUUGAGGUAGCCAGUGCUGGAAAUACAUCGACAACAAGUUGUGUGCUAAGCAACUAUGAGUCUCAGCUUCCGCAAGGUCUUGUCAUACCUGCGUACGCGUACUCCAGCCAUCCCAAUCAGCUGCUUGCCGGCGUAGCCUUCUGGGAUCAGUUUGAGCUGUGGCCUGAGCUGUGGAGAGCCAUUGGAACAGAGCCUGGUAUCCAAGGAAGUAAUGUGCUGGCCUGGGAAUCCUUCCCAUCCAUAGGUCUCCACUUUCAACCGACUGGUGUUACAAGCAGCCUGCAAUAUUUCUCAUCACCUCAGCCUGGUCAACUGGACUCGGAUCCUAGGGAGGUUGUAAGCGCCGUGAACAGCAGCACACGCUGUGCCAGUAUCUGCCACGGACGCUCGGACUUUCAGUGCAUAGCCUUCGACUACUCAAGAACUGUGCAGGAUUGCAGACUUCACACACUAUCACUUGGCUCAUCUGUGCAGCUGGUGAUCGUAACUGACUACAACUACUAUACACGCUUAGGGUUUGGUCAUGCUGAGCACCUGUUUACUGGCUUGUCGCUUGUCCACAACCAAACGCUCUAUGUCAACGGGAUUCUCCGUUCUAAGCUGGGUCAUGCCGUCCUUCUGACCUCUAACCCAGUCCUGAUCGACCUGACUCCUCCGUUGCCGGGCAACCUCGGCACACCAAUCAAUGACACGACGGUUGCCGACGGCUGCACAGCAUCAAGCCUGCAGCGCUGUAUCCAGCCAACCCCAAUACAGAAUCAUCGGCUUAUCACGGACAGUGUGUCAUCAAAGGUCCUGUUCAAUGGUCACUCUCCACUGUCAGAGCUUACUUACACCCACAUCAACAACUUUGUGUCAGCUCAUUGGAACGGAUUCAGUGAUCCUGAGACAGGCAUAUGGGGGUACACAUGGUGCGUGGGAAGUGCCUUGGGACUGUGUGAUGUGGUCUCGCGACGUGAUCCACACGCCAACAUCCUUGCAGCAAGCGAGUGGACCAACACAGCACUGGAGAGUAACUUGCUGUUGGCCGAUGGUACAUACUAUGUCACAGUACAGGCUCUGAAUGCUGUUGUGUACGGUGGAGCUCUGGUCACUACGGUACAGCACAGUACAGGUCUGGUAGUCGAUACUACACCGCCUGCUGUACACCAGGUCUCUCUGACUAGCUAUACAGCCAGUAGUCAGACUUUGGUCUUCUCCGUCAAUGCCAGUGAUUCUGGCUCACCAAUCCAGUCACUCAGUUACGGUCUUGGUCGUAGCACCCGUGAUGUGCUAGUCCAGGACUGGCAGUCUCUAGCAGUGCAUGCUACCAACACCUACACCGUUACUGUGAAGGUACCUUUCGGUGUGGAUAUCUGGGUUAGAGUACAAGUACAGAACAGAGCUGGUCUCUCCACGGCCGCAGCUUCUGCUACAUCCUUUGUCGUUGACACAAGCCCACCCAGUGUCGGUGUGGUGCGUGACGGCGAACGUAAGGGAACUGACAUCAUGUACCAGUCGUCAGCGGAUAUCGUCUGCGCUAACUGGGAUGGGUUUGAAGACCCUGAGUCCGGAAUAAGCCACUAUCUCUGGUCGAUAACUACCAGCAACCCAGCAUACAAUGCUGGACUGCCAGCUGCGAAGCGCCUGCCCUCAUCGGCGUCAGCAGACUGCACACGACUAUCGCCAGCACUGCCACACAAUGUGACGGUCUACUCCACGAUUACAGCUGUUCACGAUGCUGUGGAGCAGCUGAACGCAACGAAAACUUCUGAUGGAGUCAUUGUGGAUCAGUCUGCCCCACUUGCCGGUCAAGCCGCCAUUGGACGCAACGGUACAUCCAGUGGUCCGUACUGGUCUGAAACGUACCGGCUCAGCGCCUUCUGGUCGGGGUUCAAAGACCCCGAGUCGGGGAUAUCGCAGUAUGAUGUAUCUGUACUGCACACUACUGGUGGAUCGGGGCCAGAUGUGAUAGCAUCUGCAACCAUGCCUGCUAAUCAGCUAGUGUACGACUGUUACAACCAUGACUGGGAGGACGGUGACAGGGUACAAGUACAGGUUGCUGCUAGCAAUGCGGCAUUGGAAAACACCACAGUCAUGUCGCAGGUGGUGACAAUUGAUAGCAGUCCGGCCGUCAUAUCAGAGCUGAAUGAUGGAGCGGUGCCAGGUGUAGACCAGCGUUACGUCACUGUGAACGACACAAUUGCAGCAAAUUGGAAUGCCAAUGACAGACAGUCGGGUGUGGCAUGGUACGAGAUCACUGUCAACCAGUUGCAGAAUGGGAAUCGCAUGCAGGUAUGGCCAGUUGCACCGGCAGUAGCACAUAGACAGAACGCCAGCACCUCCAGUUUCAGCACAGCAUCUCUGCCACUGACAGAUGGCAGCCAGUAUUCUGUUGUGUUGUCCGUGAUGAAUGGUGCUGGUCUCAUGACGCAUGCUGAGAGUGAUGGUGUGUUAGUUGAUACAACACGUCCUGUACUCCGCAACCUUGCUGUUUACUCCUCCCUGCCUGUCGGUCUUGUCCCGGCCAACAAGGAUGAAAGUGAAAACCUUCUGCUGAGCUCCACAAGCUCUCUGGCUGUAUCCUUUGAGACGUAUGACUUGCAGAGUGGCAUCAAGUCAUCACGUGUGGGUAUACGAAACACAGCCACUGGUAUGUAUGUGCCAAGCAGAGGCUACCCUAGUGGACUAGCUGACUUCGGCCAGGAAGUGUCAGGCCACUUGCAAGACUUGACAUUGCUUCGAGGCGAUGCCGUGACUGGGCCGUUCUAUGAGGUGACCGUCAUGGUUGAGGACAAAGCUGGCUGGAGCUCACAGAUGCUAAUCUCCGACAGGAUCAGGGUUAUUGCUAAUGACACAGCUGGUACUGUCUUUGACGGAGGAGACCCGGCUGAAGACAUUGACUAUCAGUCCGAUGACACCGUGCUCACGGCAACUUUCCACGGAUUCGAGGUAACAUCGUGUGACAUCGAACAUGUUACCUGGGCCGCCAGCACACAACGCGACGAUCCCGAGGUGGACAUGUCCUUCACAGGUCAUGGUCUCACAGUGACAUCACCAUCUGCUAGCACCCCUAUAUCGGGCCAUGUCCAUGCUCCAAUGUCCAGUCUUCAGGGAAAGCGCUUCUUCUUGACUAUACGUGUGCAGACUGCAUGCGGUACCGUGCUGCAGGCAACAUCGGACGGUGUGCUCGUGGAUAACUCUCCACCGGUGGUUAGCACCAGUACCUUCACUGACGGUCAAUCAUCAUCCAGUGUGCCACAGUAUUCAGCUGAUUCUACCGUGAGCCUUGCCUCAUGGGCGCACACAGACCAGCAGUCGGGUGUAGAGAAGAUGGACGUGUUGAUUGGUACCUAUCCUGGAGGUAGUGACAUUCUCCCUGUGGCCGCCAGUCAGGGUAACCAGCUACAACGUGGUCAAGGCACACAGGGAGACAGUGGUCUGUCUCGCUACACACUGGUCACAGCCAGAAACAAAGCUGGCCUUACAACUCAGUCCGUCACUGAUCCUGCUGUCAUCGACACAACUAAACCAACCAAAGGACAGCUGUUAUGUAGCAAGUCACUACCAGUAACAGAUGCUUGCUCACUUCGCUGCAGCUGGACAGGCUUCCGGGACGUUGAGAGCGGCAUUGCUAGGUAUGAGAUAAGCCUGGGCUCGAGGUCUGGAGCACCGGAUAUCCACAGCAAGACAACGCUACCAGCACAGACUUCUAGCUUCACAUUCAGUUCACUCAAGUGUACAGGCGGAGAAUCAUACUAUGCCUCACUGUAUGCCACCAACAAUGCCAACCUUGCUGUUGCCAUGUUCGGUGGAGUGAUAUCAGUGGACAGCACGGUGCCUGUUGCUGGGUCUAUCACAGUUCUCUCUAAUCACGUUGCUGCGAAUCUCUCCUCAACUGCCCCUGGUCUGUAUGGUCAAAAUGUACCCUGUCUUGUGGGUGCUACACAGCUUCAGAUCACAUGGAGUGGCUUUGAAGACCUGGAGUCGGGAAUUUCUGGAUAUUCAGUGGGACUGGGAACAUCACCGCUGUCUGACAACAUUCAAGAGUACGUGGACGUUCCGGCAACGACAAGCGCAUGGACAUUCCGCUCUCUGGAAACUUCGGUGCUGCCGUCCACUCUCCUCUACGCAAGUGUCCGUGCCCACAACCAGCUUGAGAUGGUCACAAGCAUCCCAUCCCAGGCCGUAGUAUUCAUAGGUAGCAACCAGCGCAAGCAAUCUGUGCACAUCCGUGGCAAUGCCGGCAGCAGCGUGCAGGUGGACACAUCGGCCAUCAAUGGAACAUGGCUGCCCAGUAAUAUUUCAUGUGCAAGGUCUCUACGCUGGAAGAUCGUCCCGUACGACACGUCUGCACCGCUCCAAGACUAUCAGUCGGUAUCGCCUGACGGUAGCAAUGGUGUAGUUGGUCUCUCCAACAACAACUUAGCCUUGUUGAAGGGCCGCUCGUACCGUAUCGUGGCCCAGUCCGUAGAUGAAUGGGGUGCGCGUAGAAUGUAUCACUCCGGUGGCAUAUCAGUAGCAUCAUCCACUCCUCUCCAACCAGGAAUGGUCAGUGAUGGUUCCUAUGCAGGUGUUGACAUUAACUACCAGCUAAGCUUGUCGGAGAUAUCGGCAACAUGGACUGAGUUUGGAGAUGACACUGCCGCCGGCCAAGUCCAGACCUACUGGGUAGCUGUGGGUACGGAUCGCAGAUACCCAGCCACACGCUCCAACGUCCUAGGCUUUGUGUCGGUCGGCAAGCAGCGCUCCUACACAGCAUUCAACCUGAGCCUGUCUCGCUUCACGGUGAGGUAUUAUGUAACAGUACGUGCUGUUGGACAGAGUGGUGCCACCACCGAGGCUACAUCUAACGGUGUUCUAGUGGGCUACUCCUCAUCGGUAACAGCAGGACAGGUCACUAUUGCUCCACUUGACUAUCAAUCAAGCAACACCAGCAUACAGGCCACAUGGGACGGUUUCAAGUCUCCGAGAGGUAUUGUACGCUAUGAAUGGGCGGUCAGUACAUCGCAACUCAGCUCCAGGGACUUGCUAAUGGUAUGCAAUGCUUCAAACAGUAAUCUGCAGUUCAGAUCAGCUGGCAAGAGUACCAAGGUCAUCGCUAGCAAUCUUCACCUAGUCGACGGUGCUACGUAUUUCAUCACAGUGCGUGCUGUUGACCAGUCGCAGGACUGUGUCGCUGCGCAGUCAAACGGUGUUAUUGUAGACUCCACACCGCCGCUAGCUGGUCGGUUGGUUGCUGGCUAUGACAAUCAGGCCAUGGGCGGCAUCCUAGCCUACUCCAAGAGCAGGAAUGAGCUACAAGUUGCAUGGUCGGGAUUCACGGACAAUAUCAGCGGCAUUGACUACUACGACAUAGCCAUGUUUGAAAUAACAAACUGUUCGAGCAUCACACCCAUUGCCUUUGAUGCUGGCCCACCCGCACACAAACUGGGUCGUGUCAAUUCCUACACAUUCACACAGAUCUACCAGAAACCAGGACAGGCAUACGUUGUCCGAUUAAAUGCCUACAACAAGGCAAAACUGGUGACGUCGGUUACCUCCGGCCCCGUUUUGGUGAGCAGUGCCAUGCCCAUCCGGGGUGACGUUCAUGACGGCCCGUCUUGGACUGUGGACCGUGACUACCAGAACAGCACGACAGAGCUGUGGGCAAGUUUCACCCAUCACCGCAAUGUGUCCAGCACCACUGUCCCGUGCCAUUCAGUGAAAGCCUAUCCACUCACCUCACCAUCAGCUGACUGGACCGGGCUCGCUGGCAGUUUUGAUGGCAGCGCAGUGCAUAACAAGUUGAAGUUUGUGCCGUCGCAAGUGACGCACAGCGCGGUGACCGGAGCAGCACUCCAGCUUCUCGGCAACCUGUCCGAUGACCGUGUAGACAGUUCCGGCUAUCGCACUGUUGUCAACCUGCAGUCAGGUGGUAAUGUUAGCUUUGAAGGUCAAUCAGCCAGUGGUGAUCCUGAGCUGAGGAACUUUACUGUCAUGAGUGUGGUUCUAUGGCACGGGCCUGUAUCAUCCAUUACUACUGACCUACUGCAGCCAACUGUACCAGUGUCCAGGGCUGAGAGUGUUCAGCUGAUACCCAGUCAUCAAGCAAUAGGACUCCAGAUACAUCCAGCCUAUGGAAACUAUUCAGCUCGCUUGUUAGUAUGGUCCAGAAAGGAAAACGAUACAUCUCAAGUGGAGACGGCAUGGUACAACCUGGCGUUCGAUCCAAGUGACGCGUUUCAUCGAUAUCGACUUGUGUUCAAGCGCCGCGCUGCAGCUGACUUAUGGACAAUGAAUGUCUUGCUUGAUGAUAGCAUUGUCAUAACCAUGGCUGGAGUGCCGCCGUUGACUGAAAGAACGAACUUUGUUGCUCAGCUCUUUAACCGCGGUGGCUUUGUGCCUGCAAAGCUGGGUGGAGUGGCUAGGUCGGUCACCGCUCAUAUCCGCAACGUUCGCUUCCCCCUCACCAACGGAGAUUCAUGUGACUUUGGGAAGCCGUUCUACAGCGCGGAGAGUCCAAUAGUCCGCUUUGAAGCAGCUGUGGGCACUUGGCCCGGUGCCACCAAUGUGCAAGAUUUCAAAUCGUUUGCAACACCAUGCCGCAGCUGUCCACCGGGAGUGUGCCAGUCAUCUUCUAAUGUAUGUGAUACCAGGUGUGCAUCUACAAACGAUCCACACGUCAUGCAGGUCUACUUGUCCGGAUUAGAACUGAGCAACUUUGCCGGGCAAACACGGGACUCUGAGCUGGUCUGCACCUCGCGUACACAGUGUGCGGAACAGAAGCUGAGUAGCUACACAAGCCAGCCUAGCUUCUUCGUCACGAUACGGUCUACGAAUGGUGCAGGGUCGUCGGUGACAUCAACAUCCGACGGAGUCCGCGUCGAUACCACGCCACCAGUGUCGGAACGUCAACCCGUUCACUUUGACGUGGAGUACUCUCUGAGCGAGUCCGUGGAUUACCAGAGCAGUAACACCACCAUCUACGCCAGCUGGAAGUUUGUUGAUGUGGAGAGUGACAUAGUGGAAUACUCCUGGGCUAUAGGGUCCACACUGGGUGGUACUGAAUUGCAAGACUUUGUCUCAGUCGGCACUCAGACGUACGGAAUCAAUCGGAACUUGGCUGGUCAGCUUUCCCACAACGGUGUGUAUUACGUGAUGGUGGAGGCUACCAAUGGUGCAGGAUUGUCCAGUAAUGCAAGCAGCGAUGGAGUUACUGUAAUCACCACCACCAUCAACCAGACACAGGCUGAAUCGGUCGUCAAGUCACUCUUCACUUUGGUGGUUGAGCCACCUACGAAUAGCACGGCCAUUGCUUACACAACGACGGAGAGGAGAGAACAGGCUGGAGUUAGCUGGGAAGGAGUCGCGUCUGAUGUUGUGUACUGGAGGAUUGGAACGAGUCGCAAUGCUGAUGAUAUUCUCCCCAGCACCCGCAUCAACACACAGAACACCAGCGAUCAACAGGCUACGAUUAUCAAUGCCCGUGUGAUGUUGGGCAACGCGUCCAUUGCUAACAUCUCCGAGCUAGUAGCCAGAGCACAGGGCAAAGCAGAGCAGGAGAGUGACAACUUCUUCCGAUUGGAGCCCGGUCGUGUCUUCUACCAGCGUGUAGAUGUGUGCAACAUUGCUAUCCGAUGUGCUAAUGUUGAGCUGCAGCCUGCCGUCGUCUGUUGCCGACCCGGUAUGGAUGGCAGAGUGAUCGCCAGGAACAACACACCAUCAAUUAUUCUUGCCGGCCAGGCAAACUCCACUAAAGGAAUGGGACAGUUAGAUGCAGCAGAUGGUCCAUAUUAUGUUCUACUAAACAGCACAGAAGCUUUGCCUGUUGGCGACACUCUUGUUGGAGGUCUGCUCUCCUCACAAGAUAUCCAGCACAGCUAUUCACCAGCUGUUAGCUUUAUUAGCAACCCUGUGCUCACCUCCAACCAAGCAUCACGCCAGCUCACUGGAAGAUUCCAUAGCAUCGCAGGUGCUAGUUUCUACGUGACGCCGAUCAGCCGGCGAGGACUUGUUGCACCGGUGCUGUUUUCUGUCAACUUUGAGACGACGAGAGAUUGGUCUGGUUACGUGCCAGCUGUGCUGUUCUGGAAUUAUGCGACCAGUCAGUGGCACGAUAUAGAGGAUUCCUGCAACAUCAAACCUGUGGUAGACUGGGAUAAGAAAGUCAUCACCGGGUCGAUCUGCUCUGGUAACAUCACCAACCCUUUAGCAGUGUCUAGAAGGAAGCGACAAGCCGCAACUGUCAACUAUCUCUCAUCGGAGAUGCACCUGAUUGUAGCCCAGCUCCUGAACACCACCGUCAACACUCCACCCAGACUUAGCUUCAAACAACAGCAGCCGUACGUCAUCGCGGAGGACAGUGCUACAGUUCAACUUGACCUGUCCAACGCCAUUGAGGAUGACGAGAAGGAUACUGGCACGUUCUCCCUGACGUCCAUUCCUGAGCGCGGCAUUGCAACAAUCUCAGCUGCAGGAAUCCUACGCUAUACUCCUUGCACUGAUUGCACUGGUUCAGAGACCAUAAUGGUAAAGUUUACUGAGAACCCUCAAACCUCCUUGCCUCAGUACACUGCAUCAAGUGCAUUCACAAUCUCCAUCAGCAAUGACAAUGAUCCACCACUGUCGUUCCUCUUCACAUCAUCACCAGCCAGCCGAACAAUGCAUUCCUCGACAACUCUGCAAACGUACGCAGAAGCUAAUCAUACAGCGGCACAGCUGGUGGCUCGGGUGGCCUUCUAUGACUAUGAUGGUUCCUUUGAUACUCUAACACAUCUCGUGGAGACGUCACAACCUCUGCUCGGAACUCUGAGCGUAGAUUUAGACUUUCAGGCGGUGGGUGUUGGUACCUCGAUGCCUGUCGAUUGGCCUACCGGGCAUAAGGCAGCCUCAUUCUCCGGUGAUAUUGUAUUCACAGUCGCCAAUAUUACGUACAUCCCACCAACUCCUGACUACACCGGCAGCGAGACGUUCACGAUCUUUGCUCGUGACAGCCAAUCGUUCCUGUCCUCACCGCAGCUGGUAGUAGUCAUUGACGUUCUACCAAGCUAUUGUCAGAAUGGGGGCCAGUGCUCUCACUCGGCAUUCGACAGUAGCUGUCAGAACAUCACAACACGCCGCUCCAGUCCACAGCUGUACACAUGUAAAUGUCCAACAGGCUACUGGGGACAAUACUGCGAACGCAACACCAGCACUACCACAGCCGUGCAAGAUUGCCCAGCGCAUACACCUCGCAUGAAGUGCCCAACGGAUCCCUGUGCCACAGCUACCUGCCCGUCGCAGCCAGCAGCUGUCUGCCGUGCUAACUAUUGCGGUGGCUGCAGGGCUGAGUGGUAUGUUGGCCAGGCACAGGUCAAGUGUUCUGCCAAUGUAUCGGAUGUUUGCUCCGUUCCGGAAACACCAGCAGAUGACCUGGCCUUCUGCCUGCUGCGGGGUCUGAACCAGCCAUGCGAGUGUCCAUCCGAGCAAGUUGAGUGUCCACCAGACUCCAUCUAUAUAGUGGAGCGUGUUGAUCGCUGCUGUGUCAAGUAUACGUGUCAGUGUGUCAACGCCAGUGGCUCUUGCCCGUCAGACAUAGACUGUGGCACGGGACUGCAGCCACAGCCAGCUGUCAGAGGUCACCAGAAACCUGGAUGGUGUUGUCCAGUAUACUCCUUUGAUGACAUAGAUGAAUGUGGGCUGGAGAACGGUGGAUGCUCACACACCUGCUCCAACUCGCUCUACACACACUCGUGUAGCUGUCCAGCCGGAAUGAACCUACAUCCGGAUGCCAGAACAUGUGGAGUGUGCUAUGCUGAUGGUGUUCCACAUCACUUGGGUGAUCAUGCUUAUGUUGGCAAGUCAUGGUGCACAUGCGAGGAUAGGCCAUUGAAUCGCAAUCGCUGGUACUGUGCAUCGGACCACACAGAUCAAGUCUGUGAAUACAACGGACAGCGCUAUGCCAUCGGCGUGCAGAUCACUGAGCACAGUACUGCCUGGAAUUGCACUGAGAAGGAUGCCGUCGUGUCAUGGCAAACUGCAGUCAACUGAAGUGUGUGACUAUUUCAAACGAUGCAUUUUAUCUCCCCUUCUCACCGUAGAAAUAUUUUACGAUUCACUUACUCCGCUUCUGUCAAGGGAUAAUGCAGUGGACUAUUUUUUUGUAUUUACACUUAGAAUUUUUGUUUGAAUUGGCGCUUAGAACCCUUAGAACCCCUUUUCCAUAUUUGAACCUAUUCUACUCACAUGUGAGACAAUUUGAUAUCCUUGUUAUGUGAACAGCAUAAAGUGAAGUCAGACUCGGAGACUAUGAUUAUUAUACUAUCUGAGUCCGACUACACUUUGUGCUGUUCACACACUCAUACUACUCCUGCCUAUCAUUGCAGCCAUCAGCAAGCCAAGAAGGAGAGAAAAUUCUAAAAGGG